UUAAACAGGAAAGUGGACUUUCACCUGCCUUCCUAUAGGUACGUUAUUCAGUUAGCUUCAGUAACUUCUUUCACUAAACAUCAUUCACAGUCGUAGAUAUCUUGUCACUAAAGAGAACGUAAGAUUUUUCUAGAAUCAUGAAAAAACUAUUUUUUCUAAGCAUUCUAAACAUAUUGGUGACCUUGUUUACGUUGAUUUCAAGCAGUAAUUCUCUAGUUCCAGAACCUAAGGCUCCAAAUUUUCAAUAUUUUGAAAGGCCAAAAUAUCGAUACCCAUAUUACGAUGAAAAUGGUCGAGGAAGGUUGCUGUAUGGUUAUGGAGGACCAGAAUUAUAUCAAUAUCGAACCUACAGUGCUUUAGAAGGCAUUCAUUAAAUUGAAAAAUAUUUUAUUGCACAAAAUUAAAGAUCCAUCGAAAUCAUUAAAAGUGAAGAAGGAGAAUCAGUGGGCACAAUAGUGAGAGCUAGAUUAACAUUAAUAGACGAAUGUAUAAUCAUCUAGGAAUUUCAAGACGUUAUAAUUUAUUAUGAACGACCAGGAUUCCUUCAAGCACCCAUAGAAUAAACAAUAUUAAAGAUAAGGUCUUAAAAUCACAGUAGCAAAUUAUCUACAUUGUAUAUUUAGAUGGUAUUCCAUUUGUAUAGUUAUUAAUUAUAUCAUUUAUAAUACAAAA